UAACUACAGUAUGCAAAACACUCUGUUCUGAUAGGGAAUCAAACAGAAAUGCAAACGUCUCAGUUAAAUCCCCUUCCUCGUGUGCUCAUGCAGGUCAUUUGAAUAUUCAAUGCAUUACAUUACACUAUGGAAUAUAUUUUAUUGUGUAAAUCAAGUAAAUUUUAAUCAGUUAGUACCUUAAUUCUCUAUGUUUUCUUAAGCUAAAUGGGAAAAAGAGGAAAGCCGAGCUAAUAAUGUAUUAAUAACACACUUUAACAGCAUCUCAGGGUACAACUGAUGUUAGAAGAGAGGAAUAGAGCACUCAUUUACUGUACUGGCUCUGCUUCAGUGUAUAAGUGUGUGUGUGUGUGUGUGUGUGUGUGUGUGUGUGUGUGUGUACAGCAUGAGUCACCCUACCCGCCUCUGAUUGGUUGGUAGUUUAUUGGUGAGGGAGGGGGAGAGAGCCUUAGGGGCCGUCUGUCAAUCUCUCCUCUGCUCCAUUCACACAUUCAUCUGCAUGCAUCGUCAUAGAGAGACAGAGGAAGUGAGCAAGAGCCUCUCAUUCAUUAAAAAAAAAAAAAAAGUUCAUUCAUAAAAGCUGCACAAUUCUGCUGUGCCUCAGAAAGAGAGAGAGAGAGUAAGGGGGAGGAAAGUUGAUGUGGAGGUGAAGCAGAAGUGGAAGCCUGGCAACUGACUGUGAAAGUGUAUGUGUCAGGAGGAUGGGACUAUACUCAGCAUGACUAGAGCGGAGCAGACUGGACUUUAGACUCCAUAGGACAUCCCCAGUCCCACACUGUCGGAUCGACUUCAUCAAGUCGAGUGUUAGUCUAAUUCCUGGUAGGUUUUUCUUUUUUUCACUUUGUCCCAGUGCUCUCCUUUGUGCAGUUCUUCGAUUAUGAGAGAGCAAACCUUACCCAGGUUCAAAUCUCAGACAGGACUCUUACCAGGCAUGCUGAAACGCACCAAAUACAGUCGUCUGCGCAACGAUUCGCUGACGUCUCUGGAGGAUCUGCCCCAAAGAAUGUUGCCCCUGAAGAGGAACCUUUGCUUAGACUCUGAUUUUGCCCAGUUGGAUUCCGGGACGCCUACACACCACGGGCCGUCCACCUUGAGGGACUUCAUCCCCCGUGUGGCCAACAUCCGAUUGCAAAGUCCUAUAACCCUGCAGGGCCUGAGGGGACAGACAAAAACAACCAGGGACAGAACCACUGAUGGACACACACAUAGAACAGACUGGGGCUCAGAGCCUAAUCAGAGAUUUUGUAGCCAACCUUCCCUCAGCAUGCCCCUAUCGACCGGCCAAAAUCUAACUCACUCGGCUCUGAAGUGCACAAAAAGACCCAUCACCCUGCAUCGGAUGACCAGCCUCCCCUGGACCCCCAGCUGUCCUCCAUGCUCACAACACAGAGAUGGUCUGUGCUGUUUGAAGACUUCCACUGCAGUAGAUGACUGUACAGUGGAGCGGACAGCAAACCGAGCGGUUCACCACAACAUCAAGUACAUGGGUAGUGUGGAGGUGACCCAGUCCAUGAGAACCCUUGACUUUGAUACAAGAAUGCAAGUCACACGAGAGGCAAUCAGCAGACUGUGUGAGAGGACAUCAGCCAAGACAUCAGUGAAAACUAAAAGGCCUGUAUGCAAGGGACUGUCUGCUGUUCUGGGUCAAAUCAACCUCCAGUUUUCUGGGAGCAGGAUCAUCCUUGCCGUCUCCACAGACAGUGUGACUCUGAUCGCUGCCUCCUCCUUACAGAAGAUUGCUCAUCACCCCAUGCAGGCCAUUUCAUUUGCCUCGGGAGGAGACCCGGACAUGAGAGAUUACAUCGCCUAUGUUGCGAAGGACUUCUUUAAUCAGCGAGCAUGUCACAUCCUGGAGUGUCCCCAGGGUCGGGCCAGUGAGGUUAUCAACAGCAUCGGUCAGGCCUUCGAGACACGUUUCCGCCAACUUCUCAGCCACACUCCAUCGCUCCUCUCCACCAAUCCCAGGUCAGCAGUAAGAAUCUGUGACAAAUGGAGUCCAGAGGAGACAAUAAUGGACCAAAAGGCCAUGCUGGAAGGUGAAGUCAGCAAACAUCAUGACUACUACAACAUGAUCCCAGGAAAGACGCCGCCAGCUGGUGGAAUAGAGGACCUGCGGAUCACAAGGGAGGAGAACAAACAGGAUGCCAACAUGCAAGGGGUUUGUUCGUCUCCGCUUGUUUCACUGUAUGAGAACUGCUCCAUCACAGAAGAGACUACAGCUCCACCUGCAGACUCUGUGGCAUCUGGGAUCAGUGCUGAACAGUGCAGUCUUCUUUCUGAGACACGGAUCCAGGACCUAAUCCAGGAGGAGGGCUGGUUUCACGGCAGGUUAGGAAGAGAGCAGGCCGAGUCACUCCUCACCUGUAGUGGGGAUUUCCUGGUCAGAGAGAGCAGCUCUGCCUCUGGUCAGUAUGUCCUUAGUGGUAUGGAGGGAGCCACAGUGCGCCACCUGCUGCUGGUUGAUCCACAUGGACAGGUGCGGACCCGUGAUCAGGUGUUUUUGAGUGUUGGUCACCUGGUGCGUUUCCACAUGGAGAACCAGAUGCCCAUCGUGUCUGGAAGCAGCGAGCUGUGUCUGAAACAGCCAGUCCUACAAAGACACUAAGACGAAUUCAUAGACUGUCUCAUGUAUACGUUAGCCUUUAGCAGUGGUGCUCAACGUUUUGUGCAGCUGAGGGUCAAUGUGCACAAGCAAGAACAUUUCUAAGCCCUUCAACACUUUAAGUCCUGUUACAUCACUACCCAGAAUAUUUUAUUAUUUGGCCAUCAAGGUGUAUAAGUUGUAUAUAUAAAGUGAAUUGUUUGUGCACACUGUACCUCGCCCUGUGUUGAGAACAGCUGCUGGCCUACAGAAGCAGAACAUCCUGUCUCUGUCCCUCAGGCUGACUUCGCUGGUGUUUACUCAAAGUUUAAGCACAAUCACUGGUGUCGGGAGGAAAUUACCAGAAUGUUGGCAGACUUUCAUUCACUCUUUCAUUUUUUUUUUCUCAUCGGCUAAAUUUGUCUUGUGUUCACUCAUUUUGAUUUGUUAUUGUUUUGCGUCCUUGUUUCCCACGCUUGACUUUUCGAAAUCAGUUUUCAUCAUUUGCAUGUAGAACUCAACUGCUGUUUGUGACCAGAAUCUACAGAAACAGAUUUGCAAUUUAGUCUCAGAUAAGCUGGCAAAUAUGCAAAUAGUAAUGUCUUUGUUCCCCAUAAAGUGUAAUCAAAUACAUCUUCAGUUCUUUUACAAAAA